AUGGACGCUGAAAGGACUACGGAGAACCUCUAUUGGGCUGUGGUUCUUCAACAGUACGUAGAUGCAAACAGCCCAAGUGAUCCUGCGUCUGCUGCUGAACGGAAGAGGCUUGUUGACCAUCUUCAAGCGAAUCCGUGCUCUGCGCAAGCAUGGGCGCAAUUUCUGAUGCACGAGGAAGCUAUGUUCUAUUCAACAUCCGCAAGCCGCACCUUGAAAAACAACGCCAGGUUGCGACAUCUGUUCCGGUGCGCAUCGGACUUGGUGCCCUUGGAACAUGGGAUGGCUUCGGAAGCCUAUAUCUAUUUAAUGAUUGGACAUGCACGACACAUUUGGUACCGCCAUCAGGACGAGGCCCGGGACCUGUUCAAAGCAAUCAAAGCUAGGCAGUAUCCUCAUCGUGGCGCGCUGAUGUACUACGAGUGGGCUCUGCUGGAGCACGAGGCCGGCAAUACCACCAAGGCCUUGUCUGUACUGGAGAAAGGCCUCCGAGAUCGUGCAGAGCCCCGCAGUAUGCUGGAGGGGCUCAUGGCCCGCUGGCAACCUACGCAAGGGGUGGGAACAACAUCAGGCAGUAGUCGCGGAGAGACGACGACGGUGGUGCAGCAGCGGAAGGUUCAUUUCCAGGACGUAUCGGUGGCAGCUUUUGCUGCAACCAGCCUUACAGACGGUGCAGCAUCCUUCAGGCGCACUGCACCCUCGACGCCUGGGGCGAGCCUCAAGGACCCCAGCGAUUCUGCGACCUGCAGCUCGGGGGGCGGCAGCUCAGUUAGUAAGUCCAUGACCACAAUGCUCCCCGGGGACCUCAGCCUCGGAUUUUCGACACAGCAUACAGGUUGCAUGCCAACUAAAAGCCAAGUGUCGUACCAAAGCCACGCAUAUGAGGAGGACAUCACCAACUGCAGACCUGGGGAAGACAACAGGACUCCGGGCUUGCUUGGUGCCACGUCGCGCGGUGGGGCUGGCGGCAGCGGCAAUACGGGCACGGUCACAUUGCCUACGGGAAUUGGCUCUGCCUUGAACCUGGUGGCAGGUGCAGCCGCAGUUGCAGCGCUUGGUACUGGCUCUUCGACCGGGCAUAACACGACAAGUGGCAGUACGGGCUACCCGAUCUUGCGACGCUUCGGCUUCAAGAGCAAAGCAGUUCGGAUUAACGUAGAAGAUUCGAGGGCCGUGCAAUCAGAGGGUAUGAGCUCUACACUGACUGGUGUUGUGUCGCCUGCCAUGCCGGCGAACAGCGCUGCACCGAUUCUCAGCAGUUGCACGAAUGAGGCAGCCACGAGUCGACAAUCAGUGGGCAUGAGUCAGCAGGAGCCGCCAGCGGAAGAAUGCAAGAUAGACGGCAUCGGCAUUGUUACCUCACACAGCGCAUUGUCCUCUUCACAACCCGUGGCUUCUGCGGAGACGCAGGCUACGGACGACUUGGAAGAGGGAAUGACACGGAAGAGGCGUGCUGCAUCAGAUGCUGCCGUAUCUCCCACACGUUCGGUACUGUCCGUCGUGCUGCAAGAAGAGGGCCUGAAGCGCCGGCAGUCCCCGGACAUUGUACCGGCCGCUGGCCCGUCCUGCAGUGCAGGAUUCCCCACGAUACGCGGAGCAGCUGCUGCAUACGGUGCGGAUGGCAGCCCAUCAGCACGGCUGGCAGACGGACAUGUCGACGGGUGCCCGGAUGCCGGAAGGUGCAGCUUCAUGGGGCCCUCAGUGCCAUCUGAGCAUUUACCUGUGCAUGCUUCGGGGUCAAAUACGGCACCUCCUACCGUGUUGGCGGUCGAAACGGCUCUUGGGCAUGAUAGCUUGGGCGGGUGGCGGACGUCGCUGCCCCAGGCAAACCUACCUACUCCCUCUGCAGUGGUGCAUCAACGGGAGACGUCCGCGGAUGGCUAUCGAUCCAGUUACUCCACCGCCAGCGCUAGCCAAGCUGCUGGGCAACAUCUGGAGCGGCAUAGCAGUAGAAACGUGGCUAUUCCUAUGCGCAGCACCGGGUCCCAGGGUCCCUCCUACCCAGAUGAGAACGUGGUUCCUGCGGACACGGCAGAGGCUCCGUCUGGAGACGCAUCGCCUCCUGUGAUGGAUGAGAACCAAGCUCCCUUGCUCGAUGCGGCGAGGGCGACCAAGCAGGUGCAAGCUGUGACCUCCAGCGCGCCUGCGCCGCAGCAUCAGCUCCAGUACCUCGAUAACCGGGAACCGCUCAGGCCGGUUGGGUACGCGGCUUCAAGGCCGGUGCCGCCGCCGCAGGCAGCUGCUGCUGCACCGCAGCAACAGCCAGUGCCCAUGCAGCCAGUGGGCAAUUGGCCUGAGCGUCUUGAGCAGCGGCAGAUCCGGCCCAUCGAGAACGAAAUGUAUGUGUACGUGCGUGGCAUUCGGUACCAGAAGCUGGAUCUAGCUGGCAAAGGCGGUAGCAGCAAAGUUUACAAGGUGCUGGGUCUCAAUCGUGGCAUAUAUGCGUUGAAGCGCGUGCGAUUUCAGAACAAGGACAACGAGGUAGUCAAAGGUUUUGUCGAAGAAAUAACGCUUCUGCGCCAGCUACGUGGCAAGCCGAACAUCAUUCAACUGAUUGAUUCGCAGGUGUUUUACGGCCAAGGCUCCACUGGCGUCGGUUUCGUGUACAUGGUCCUCGAGUAUGGUGACAUUGACUUGGCCAGGCUGCUCUGUAUGCAUGAGGAAGCGCGCCGCCGCGCCACCAGCGCCAACGGCUCUGCAGACGAAGGUGCCGCCAGUAGCGGCUUGGAUAUGGACGGGAGCAACUGCCAAGAGAUUGACGCCAACUUCAUUCGUCUGUACUGGCAGCAGAUGCUGCGCGCAGUAAAGUGCAUUCAUGAUGCCCGUAUCGUGCACGCGGAUCUAAAGCCCGCCAACUUCAUGCUGGUCCAGGGGCAAUUGAAGCUCAUCGACUUCGGUAUCGCCAAGGCGAUUCAGGGCGACACGACGUCUAUUAAUCGGGAAUCGCAGGUUGGUACAUUGAACUACAUGUCGCCGGAGGCCAUUCAGGGCGGUACCCAAAACCCUUUUGGCGGCCCGCCGGUCAAGGUUGGCCGGCCCUCCGACGUCUGGAGCCUCGGUUGCAUCCUCUACCAAAUGAUCUACGGUCGGACGCCGUUCGCUGACCUGACCUUUAUACCGAAGAUGAACGCAAUUUGCAACCCGGAUUACAAGGUGCCUAUGCCCGAUUGCGGCGAGCCCGACGCAGUGGACUGCAUUCGCAGGUGUCUAGACCGGAGCCCAAAGACGCGAAUUUCGCUUCAGGAGUUACUGGACCAUCCCUUCCUGCAUCCCAAUCGGCGCAAGCACUCGCCGCCCAAGGUGGUGGAGCGAGCUCUGCCGCCACCCUGCGGCGUGGCGUCGGGAAUGGGAGCCUUGACGGAGGAACAGAUUAAAGCAAUCCUGCAGCUGGGCGUUGGUGGUGGAGGCCCCACGGACCUGGACAGCAUCGCACGGCGCGUUAUGCUGCAGCUGAGUGGCCGUGAGGGCGCUGUGGGGGCGGCUGGAACGAGCAUGGUGACCGAUUCCGUUUCACAACCAGCGGCACAAUGCGGCGCGGGUCGAUUAGUUGAGGAUGCGCCGCCAUCGUAUCCGAGUGCGGCACUGGCGCGCCCGCCACCACCGCCACCCCCUCCACCGCCGCCGCCCUUUCAGGCGGGUCUAUCGCGGGCGCCACCACCACAGCCAUUGCCAGUAGCUAAGCCACCGGCAGCGGGUGGCGGCCUGCUGGAUAGUGCAGCACGGCCUGCAGGGCAUCAGCGUGCAGUGCAGCCCGUGCCACAACCGGCACCACGGAGCGGCUCCGGCCCUAGCGGCAUGGGUGACAUCGCAGCCAUGGUAGCCGCUGCGGCAGCAAAGCGGGCUCUAAGGCCGCCAGGGGACAUGAAGGAAGACAAAGUUAAGUCGAGAGCGCCUACACGCGCAGCAGCAUUGCCUGUCGAUCGGCCGCCCAGCGACCGGCCCGCCAGCGGCAACGGCUUCAUGCCUCUCGCCGGCGCCGAGCUUCAGGCGGCCAUAUUGCAGCAGAGGGCACAGCUCCGUCCGGUGCAGGAGCAGCCGACGCGAAGCAAUUCGCAGCCUCAGCUGCACGGUAGGGCUGGCGGUGCUGUAGCGGGUGAGGCCGAGGGGGUGCUUGAGGCUGUGCUACGGCGGGGCCUCGAGCGCUUCCAUUUCAGCGACACCGGCGAUACGCUUUCGAACACAGGGGACUUCAUGGAAGCUGCCAUGACGGCUAAGCAGAGGGAGGGUUAA